AUGAGGCCGCGACCCAAGACGACGAUGCAAGUCCUCGGACGGUCGCUGAUCAAGUCAAAGAAGCGACGGCCGACGGCGGAUCAGCUGAGUGAGCGUCACACCGUCCACGAUGACCCCUCCAAUGCGAAGAGCAUCACCGAGAACACCUCCCUCGAUGACUUUCUCUCCACGGCGGAGAUGUCUAACAAGCAGUUUGUUGCUGAACGCCAAAACAUCAAGAUCAUCGAGUCGGCGGCUGUCUCCCAGCCCUCCACCUUGGCGGUGGUAGAUGAAAGCCUCGAGCAGGAGCUGCUCAUCCCUCGACGACCCUCUUGGGAUCGAAACACCACGCCGGAGGAGCUGCACCAGGCGGAAAACGAAAGCUACCUAAAGUGGCGUCGGCGACUGGCGCAGCUUCAGGAACGCGAUGACCUCGUCCUGACGCCCUUCGAGAAGAACCUCGACUUCUGGCGGCAGCUGUGGCGCGUCGUCGAGCGCAGCGACGUCCUCGUGCAGAUCCUCGACGCCCGUAAUCCGCUCCUGUUCUUCUGCGAGGACCUCGACGUGUACAUCAAGGAGGUGGGCGGCGAGCGGAAGCUGCCCGUCAUCCUCCUCAACAAGUCGGACUACCUGACGGAGCGCCAACGGCGCCACUGGUUCGACUACUUUACCUCCAUUGGCAAGGUGGUCGUCUUCUUCUCCGCCCUCGAGCAGCAGCCCACGACGGUCGCUGAAGAAGAAGUGGAAGAGAAAGAGGCUGAAAGUUCUGAAGAAGAAGAAGAGGAUGAAGAAGUUGUGGAAACAAAGCUCGAAUCGCUUAACCUUCAAAAAGAAACAGAAGGUGAAGAUUCUGAAGCUCGAAAGCGCCUCUACACGCCCCUCAGCUACAGCGAGCUGAUUGCCUACUUCAAGUCGCUUCGCAGCCGCCUUCCAGAGGACGUCGCCCUUGAGGGGCCGCUUACCGUCGGCCUGAUCGGCUACCCCAACGUCGGCAAGUCCUCCACCAUCAACGCCCUCCUCCGCUCGAAGGCCGUCUCCGUCUCGGCGAUGCCCGGCAAGACGAAGCACUUUCAGACGAUCCUCCUCGACGACCAGCUGACCAUCUGCGACUGCCCCGGUCUGGUCUUCCCCAAUGUGGUGAGCAGCAAGUCGGAGAUGAUCAUCAACGGCAUCCUCCCCAUCGACCAGAUGAAGGAGGCGGUGCCGCCCAUUGCCGCCAUAGCCGCUCGCAUUCCCGGCCACGUCUUUGAGACGCGGUACGGGCUGAUGCUGCCGAGGCGGUCUGAAGACGACUUCAAAACCAAAGGGGAGGAGGAGGACGAGGAAAAUCGAAAAGCGACCGCCCUGGAGCUGCUCAGCGCCUACGGCUACGCCAAGGGCUUCAUGACGGCCCGCGGCCUGCCCGACACCUCCCGCGCCGCCCGCUACCUCCUCAAGGACUUUGUCUGUGGACGGCUCCUCUUCUGCUACGCGCCGCCCACUGUUCCCCAGCAGGAGUUUCACCGCUACCCUCGAAGCUCCAAGGCGCUGGCGAAGGAGGCCUCCGCCACGGCGAACGCCAUCACCGACCGUCGCCUCCUUAAAGCAUACGAGGGCCAGGCCCUCCUUAAAAAGCGUAACUUCAACGAGGAGUACUUUGCCGGGCUGGGUAGUGCCGCCCAUACCAAGGGCAGCCGAGGCAUUGCCGUCCACUCGCGGGAGUUUAUUCAGCAGGGCGGGGAGGCUUUUGGAGCUGCUGCGGCUGCGGCGGAAGGAAAGCCCUGGAAGCGCCAUCAUAACCGCAAGAAGAAGGAGAAGCUGCGCAAGGUGUACGCCCACUUGGAUGAGUGA